GUCUAUCCGCCUUGGUCUCUCCCCUCUGCUGGCCUGACUGUCUGCCUGCCUUGAUCAGAUCAGAGAUCGCUCUAACCAUCCAAAACUUAUUUCAUUCAAGAGAAAAACUACUUUACAAUGUCUUUCAGGACCUCAACCACUUCCUACAGGAGCUCUAAUGCCCCUAAGAGCUUUAGCAGUAGCUCUUAUGCUGGACCAGGUGGCAUCACCUCCCGCAAGACCUUCACAGUCAAGAGCUCCUAUGGAGGUGCUGGUGGCAGGGGCUUUGGAGGAGCAGGCAUCACCAGCAGCUCUGCGUACGGCCUCAGCUCAAGCAUGGGUGGUGCAGGAGGCUUUGGUAUGGGCUUUGGAGGCGGCAUGAUUUCUCAGGCCCCCAUCACUGCUGUUAGCGUGAACAAGAGUCUGCUGGCCCCCUUGAACCUCGAGAUUGACCCCACAAUCCAAGCCGUCCGUACCCAAGAGAAAGAGCAAAUCAAGGGCCUCAACAACCGCUUUGCCUCCUUCAUUGACAAGGUCCGUUUCCUGGAGCAGCAGAACAAAAUGCUGGAGACCAAAUGGAACCUGCUGCAGGGACAGACCACCACCCGCUCCAACAUCGAUGCAAUGUUCGAGGCCUACAUUGCCAACCUCCGCAGACAGCUAGACAGCCUGGGCAACGACAAGAUGAAGCUGGAGGCCGACCUGCACAACAUGCAGGGCCUGGUGGAGGACUUCAAGAACAAGUAUGAAGAUGAAAUCAACAAGCGCACAGAGUGUGAGAACGACUUUGUCUUGAUCAAAAAGGAUGUGGAUGAGGCCUACAUGAAUAAGGUUGAGCUGGAGGCCAAGCUGGAGAGUUUGACAGAUGAGAUCAACUUCCUCAGGUCGAUCUACGAGGAGGAACUGAAUGAGCUCCAGGGACAGAUCAAGGACACCUCAGUCAUUGUGGAGAUGGACAACAGCCGCAACCUGGAUAUGGAUGCCAUUGUGGCUGAGGUCAGGGCACAGUAUGAGGAUAUUGCCAACCGCACCCGUGCUGAGGCAGAGACGUGGUACAAGACCAAGUAUGAAGAGAUGCAGACCUCCGCUAGCAGAUAUGGCAAUGACUUGCGGAGUACAAAAACAGAGAUUGCAGACCUCAACCGCAUGAUCCAGAGGCUCACAUCAGAGAUUGAUUCCAUCAAGGGACAGCGUGCCAACUUGGAGGCCCAGAUUGCUGAGGCUGAGGAGCGUGGUGAGCUGGCUGUGAAGGAUGCCAAACUCCGCAUCAGGGAGCUGGAGGAGGCACUGCAGAGAGCCAAGCAGGACAUGGCCCGUCAGAUCAGAGAGUACCAGGAUCUGAUGAACGUCAAGCUGGCUUUGGACAUCGAGAUCGCCACCUACAGGAAGCUGCUGGAGGGAGAGGAGGACAGACUGGCAACCGGCAUCAAGGCUAUCAACAUCUCCCAGCAGAGCACAAGUUACAGUGGUUUCCCCAGUAUGGACAGUAUGAAGAGCAGCUACUCCAGCGGAUACAGCAGCGGAUACAGCAGCGGUUACGGCAGCGGCAUGGGUGGCUUCAGCAGUGGCGGCUUCAGCAGUGGCGGCUUCAGCAGCGGCAGCGGUGGCGGCUACAGCACCACCCAAAGCAAGAAAAAUGUCGUCAUCAAGAUGAUUGAGACCAAGGAUGGCAGGGUGGUGUCCGAGUCCUCCGAAGUCAUUCAGGAUUGAGCUGUUUAGAUUAAAGGUGCAGCUACCUGCCUGCUAUGAUUUCCCCUGCCUCUCUGGUAGUUUUAUAUUCACAGCUCACCCACCUCAACUAUUGUAAUAAAGCAGUCUGAAGUAAAAUGCUUUCUACCAACUCUCCAAUAGAGCACAAACAUGUUUUUAUAAAGCAAUAAAUGAUCCUAACACUACCAAAGAUCUAAAGGACCAACGAACUCAUUCAGUAUGUCUGAAGUUUUGUACUAAAAGAAGUAGUUUUGCAUAUACCAGUGAAUUUUAAUCUGGGCAAAUUGCAAGUAGGGAAAAAAGAGACAUUCGAUGCAUGCUCCCAUGAAGUCUAUGCAAGUGCUAAUCCAUACAUGAAGGGCCGUUAUGUUGCAUUUAAUGGACAGUGAUCUUGUCAAAGGAAUGUGAAUGUACUGAAACAGAGCUUCAGUGACAUUGGUCAAUUUUUGUCUUAAAAUUGCCUGUUACAGUAGGUAAUGCAUGUCUUCCCUGUGCGUGCUCUGUAACUGAAGCUGUUCAACCCCUUAGGAAGCUGCCCAUGUUACACUGUUGUCCUGAGGUGCUGUUUUGCUACCAAACUAAUGAAUAAAAAUGUGUUUACUAAAUGGA